AUGGGCAACCAGAGUUAUUACUGUAGACCAAAUCAAUCUAAGCCGUUCGAUCAACCCAAGCAAAUCUCGACUGUUGCUUUGCUCAUCCCUUUACCGGGAGAGAAACCAACUGAUUGGAACUUGAGAUCCCCAGAGCCAAGUGGGUCGUUUCUGGUGUUUCCCCAAUUUAGAGUCCGAGUCAACAAUAAAAUCCCUAGUUCCGUCUCCGGCAGAGUCUCUCCUCGUCGAUUGCUGCAUACAAGUUUCCAGAAAUCGGAUUUAGGGUUUUGUAUUGAUCGAUCAUGCCGGUCGGGAUGGUUUGAUGCUGGAGAUGACGAGGAUAACGAAGUUCUGGUAGGCGGUGGCGGUGGCGGUGGGGUCGGUGACGAAGACGACGAGGCUAAUGAGAAUCUCAGCUUGAAGAUAUUGGAGAAAUCGUUGCCUCGUCGAGCUGUCAAACGAAGCCGAAGCGAGCUUAGGUUCGACGAUUCGAACGAGACGAUCAUGGCGGAUCUUUGUGUAUCGUCUUCUAGUAUACUGAGUCCUGUUUUGGUUAAUGGCGAUAGAUCUAUGCUGAAGAAAAAGUCUAUUGUUAGGAAAGAUGAAGACGAGGUGGAAACAGUAGAGGAGGUAACCAAAGAUGAAGAGGGUGGCAAAUCUGUAGAACUGAACGCAGGAGAGGGUACAUCAAACAACAUGGUUCUGAGAAUGCUUCUUCGUCGUCCGAGGUACUUUAAUGCUCCAAAGGGAGUUUGUGGGGAAGAAGGGAAUAUGACGAUAAAUCGUCCGUCCCGUAAAAAGCGUAAGAAACCUUGCUUUGUAUGUGGAAGUUUGGAACAUGGUGGGAAGCAGUGUGCAAAGGCUCAAGAGUGCAAUAUUUGCAAACAAGUUGGGCACCAUGCUAAAAAUUGUCCAGAUAAGAAUAAAAGCGGAUCUAGAAACAUGGCCAUAUGCUUAAGAUGCGGAGAGUCUGGGCAUGACAUGUUUUCGUGCAAGUAUGAAUAUUCUCAGGAUGAUCUGAAGGAUAUACAAUGUUAUGUCUGUAAGGCCUUUGGCCAUUUGUGUUGUGUCGACCCCUCGAACUCACCACGGUGGGCUGUGUCUUGCUACAGAUGCGGUCAACCGGGUCAUACUGGACUUGCAUGUGGGAAACCCAAUGAGGGAAGAACGAAAAGAGAUGCACCGGGUUCAUGCUUUAGGUGUGGGAAAGAAGGGCAUUAUUCCCGUGAAUGCCUAAAUCCUUAUAUCCUUGAUUCCGCCAUUUCAUGCUAUAGAUGUCGAGGAAUAGGGCAUAUUGCUCGGGAUUGUCCAGUUUCCACACCGGUUGUUAAGAGAACCCGUGAUACAUCUAUGCCAUCUCGCAAGCCUCAGAAGAAAACUAAAGGGAACGAGGAAUAUCAUUCUGCUCCUCAUGAACUAAACGGUAAGACUAAGAAGAGGAAGAGAAAACGGAACCUGAAAUCGCUAGAGAAAGCGAAGAACAGUGGUGGAUGGGCCACGGAAUAUCCCGAGGAAGGAGAUACUUCGAGUAGAAAGAGAAAGUGCAGAAAUCUGAGGUCGCCUGUCGGGCCAUCGCCAUUGGGUGUGAACCAUUGGAUCUCAGCAUUCAGCUCGGGUGGGUGUCCACCGAGUCCUCCUUUCUCUAGGAUUCCAAUUUCUUCUCAUCAUGGAAAUGCAACCUCAGCCACAGGGUUUGGCGAUCGUCAUUACUGCUAUGAUGAGUUGCCACCGAGCUGUCUUUCCUAUAGGAUUCCGUUUCCUUCUCAUCACGGAAAUGCAGCCUCAGCCUCGAGGAUUAGCGAUCGUCAUUACUGCUACGAUGAGUUGCCACCGAGCUGUCCUUCCUAUAGGAUUCCGUUUCCUUCUCAUCAUGGAAAUGCAGCCUCGACCUCGAGGAUUAGCGAUCGCCAUUACUGCUACGAUGAGUGGCCAUCGAGCUGCCCUUCCUGUAGGAAUACGUUUCCUUCUCAUCACGGAAAUGCAGCCUCGGCCUCGAGGAUUAGCGAUCGCCAUCGCUGCUACGAUGAGUGGCCACCGAGUUGUCCUACCUGUAGGAUUCCGUUUCCAUCUCAUCAUGGAAAUGCAGCCUUGGCCCCGAGGUUUAGCGAUCACCAUUACUGCUAUGAUGAGUGGCAACCGAGUUCUUUCUCUAGGAUUCCAUUUCCUUCUCAUCACGGAUAUGCAGACUCGGUCUCGAUGUUUAGUGAUCGUCAUUACUGCUACGAUGAGUGGCAACCGAGUUCUUUCUCUAGGAUUCCAUUUCCUCCUCAUCACGGAUAUGCAGACUCGGCCUUGAUGUUUAGCGAUCGUCAUUACUGCUACGAUGAGUAUCAGUGGUAGAGAAAGCAUGGACGAGAUCAAAAGCUUGAAAUCCAAGCUUUUUGGUUUGAUAAUUUUGAGGGUUUUUAACCCUCUUUGUCUUGUGUCUUGUUGCGAUGUUAUUACUACACAAAGUGUUUGGCACAUAGUUACACUAGUUCCUUUUCUCCUCCUUUCUUUAAUAAAGAGAAUUGUGUA